UUUGAGGUGCUAUUGGGCAUGAAGGUAGGAUGUAAGAUACAGAGCAAUAUUUAAAUUUUAGAAAGGAGAUGGUGUUGAAUAGGAGAAUACAAAGAUAUGAGAUGUAUAAAGAGAAAAACACAUUAAUAAAUAAUCUGUAAAAAUCCAGGAAAUUGUGGUGGCAUGGCAGAAAAUUAAAAGUAAAUUAGAAUGGGUAUGAAAAGAUAUCUACAUAGGCAGAACUGAUUAUAUAUAUGGAUAUGGAUAUAUACUGUAAAUAAAAACGUAUAUUGUUAUUAUUCUUUAUUUUUGUUUUUAUGUGGUAGGAAAAACAACCAGUCCCCAGGAAGUAACAUAGGAAGUGAUAAUGCACUACUAAAAGUCUGCCAACCACCAAUUUAAAAAAAAGGAGAAGGAGAUUUUCCGUCGCAGCCUCUAACAUUCGUUACCUGUUUUCUUUCACUUUGUCUGAGCGUCGAGCAUCAGUGGAAUUCCUACGUUUAAGCAUGGAUCAGUGUGAAGACAAUGAGGAGGGAGCCCCUCCCUCUAAAACCAGUCUGUGUUGGGACCCUGAGAGCCAGGACAAAGCUCAGAGGUCCCAUCAGAGACAAGAAUUUCCUGAACCUGAACCUGAAGCUGAACCCAGCUGUGUGUCCUUGAAGAGCGACCAGUCAAAGGAUCACCCUAUUGCUUUUAAAGGCCGACUUGUAUCAGAGUCUGAAGUGGACCUGCAGAGCUCAGAGGUUCCCAGUGAUCAGUCUGUCCAGCAGCACCAAACACACCUGGACUCCAUAUUUAUGCUGCUGGAGGAAAACAUGGUCACGUUUGUGAAGAAGGAACUGAAGAAGAUCCAGAAGGUUCUGAGUCCAGAUUACCCAGAAUGCUUAGAGAGUCAGAAGGAGGAUGAGGAGGAGUUGGAUGUUGAGGAUGAAGAGCAGAGGAGGAGCAGCAGAGACGCAUUUCUGAAGAUCACAGUGAACUUCCUGAGGAGGAUGAAGCAGGAGGAGCUGGCUGACUGUCUGCAGAGCAGAUUUUCUGCUCCAGUUUGUCAGAGUCAAUUAAAAUCUCAGCUGAAGCAGAAGUUCCAGUGUGUCUUUGAAGGCAUCUCUAAAGCAGGAAACCCAACCCCUCUGAACCAGAUCUACACAGAGCUCUACAUCACAGAGGGAGGAACUGGAGAGGUCAACGAUGAACAUGAGGUCAGACACAUUGAAACAGCCUCCAGGAAACAAUACAGAGCAGAGACAUCCAUCAGACCAGAAGACAUCUUUAAAGGCUCAGCUGGAAGAGAUGGAGCCAUCAGAACAGUGAUGACAAAGGGAGUGGCUGGCAUUGGGAAAACAGUCCUAACACAGAAGUUCACUCUGGACUGGUCUGAAGACAAAGCCAACCAGGACAUACACUUGAUAUUUCCAUUCACCUUCAGAGAGCUGAAUGUGCUGAAAGAGCAAAAUUUCAGCUUGGUGGAACUUGUUCAUCACUUCUUCACUGAAAUCAAAGCAGCAGGAAUCUGCAGCUUUGAACAGUUCCAAGUUGUUUUCAUCUUGGACGGUCUGGAUGAGUGUCGACUUCCUCUGGACUUCAACAAGACUAAAACCCUGACUGAUGUCACAGAGUCCACCUCAGUGGAUGUGCUGCUGACAAACCUGAUCAGGGGGAACCUGCUUCCCUCUGCUCGCCUCUGGAUCACCACACGACCUGCAGCAGCCAAUCAGAUCCCUCCUGGCUGUGUUGACCUGGUGACAGAGGUCAGAGGGUUCACUGACCCACAGAAGGACGAGUACUUCAGGAAGAGGUUCACAGAUGAGCAGCAGGCCACAACCAUCAUCUCCCACAUCAAGACGUCACGAAGCCUCCACAUCAUGUGCCACAUCCCAGUCUUCUGCUGGAUCACUGCUACGGUUCUGGAGGAUGUGUUGAAAACCAGAGAGGGGGGAGAGCUGCCCAAGACCCUGACUGAGAUGUACAUCCACUUCCUGGUGGUUCAGACCAAAGUGAAGAACAUCAAGUAUGAUGGAGGAGCUGAGACAGAUCCACACUGGAGUCCAAAGAACAGAGAGAUGAUUGAGUCUCUGGGAAAACUGGCUUUUGAGCAGCUGCAGAAAGGAAACCUGAUCUUCUAUGAGUCAGACCUAACAGAGUGUGGCAUCGAUAUCAGAGCAGCCUCAGUUUACUCAGGAGUGUUCACACAGAUCUUUAUAGAGCAGAGAGGACUGUCCCAGGACAAGGUGUUCUGCUUUGUCCAUCUGAGUGUUCAGGAGUUUCUGGCUGCUCUUCAUGUCCAUCUGACCUUCAUCAACUCUGGAGUCAAUCUGUUUUCACAACAGCAAUCAACAUCCUGGUCUGAACUAUUUAGAAAGAAGAAGAAGCCUGAACCAGAAUUCUACCAUAAUGCUGUAGCUAUGGCCUUACAGAGUCCAAAUGGACACCUAGACUUGUUCCUUCGCUUCCUUCUGGGUUUUUCAAUGCAGACUAAUCAGACUCACCUACAUGGUCUAAUGACUCAGUCAGGAAGCUUAAAGACCAGUAAGGAAACAGCUCAGUACAUCAAGAAGAAGAUCAAGGAGGCUCCCUCUGCAGAAAAAAGCAUCAACCUGUUCCAUUGCCUGAAUGAACUGCGUGAAUGUUCUCUAGUGGAGCAGAUCCAACAGUAUCUGAAAACAGGAAGUGUUUUCAAAGAUAAAUUGUCUCUUGCUCAGUGGUCAGCUUUGGCCUUCAUUUUACUGUCAUCGGAUGAAGAACUGGAUGUGUUUGAUCUAAACAAUUUCGCUGCUUCAGAGGAGGCUCUUCUGAGGCUGCUGUCUGUGGUCAAAGCCUCCAGCAAAGCUCUACUGACUGACUGUAACCUAUCAGAGAGAAGCUGUGAAGCUCUGUCGUCAGUUCUCAGCUCUCAGUCCUCUAGUCUGAGAGAACUGGACCUGAGUAACAACGACCUGCAGGAUUCAGGAGUAAAGCUAUUGUCUGAUGGACUGAAGAGUCCUCACUGUCAACUUGAGACCCUCCGGUUGUCGGGUUGUCUGGUCACAGAGGAAGGCUGUGCUUCUCUGGUCUCAGCUCUGAGCUCCAACCCCUCCCAUCUGAGAGAACUGGACCUGAGCUACAAUCAUCCAGGAGAAUCAGGAGUGAAGCUGCUGUUUGCUGGACUGAAAGAUCCACACUGGAGACUGGACACUGUCAGGGUGAAGCCUGGUGGAGUCCGAUGGUUGAGACCAGGUCUGAGGAAGUAUUUCUGUCAACUCACAAUCGACACAAACACAGUGAACAGAAAACUACAACUGUCUGACAAAAACAAGAAGGUGACACAUGUGGAGGAGGAUCAUUCAUACCCUGAUCAUCCAGACAGAUUUGUCGGAUGUCAUCAACUGCUCUGCAGUAAUGGUCUGACUGGUCGCUGUUACUGGGAAGUGGAGUGGACAGGGUGGGUUCAUAUAUCAGUGAGUUAUAAAGGAAUCAGUAGGAAAGAAAAUUGUGACGCUUGUUGGUUUGGAUGGAACAGUCACUCCUGGAGUCUGUACUGCUCUGAUGUUGUUGGUGGUUACUAUGUCAGACACAAUAAUAUAAAAACAUUCAUCCCCUCCUCCUCUGUAUCUCACAAAGUAUCAGUAUAUGUGGACUAUCCCGCUGGUUCUCUGUCCUUCUACAGUGUCUCCUCUGAAAAAUUGUUUCACCUUCACACCUUCAACACCACAUUCACUGAACCUCUCUUUCCAGGAUUUAGGUUCUGGUAUCCUGGUUCCUCCGUCUCUCUGUGUGUAUUGUAGUACUAAGAGUGUGAUCCUGUGAGACAACAUAAACUCAUUGUAACUGUCUGAAGCUACUUUUAGCUUUUAUUUAAUUUUUUUUUUUAUUUUAACUUAUUAUAAUUUUUAAUUUUAAAGUGGAAUGGAGGGGGUCAGAGACAUGCAGACAUUUCAUUUUGAAACAUCCUGUAAUUCAAACACAUUCAUAGCUACCCUUGGAAAAACAAUGUAUACUAAAAGUUUGAUUGUGUAUUGAAGUAUAUUUCCAAAUGUUCUACUGCAUGUGAAACUGUGUGAGAAUAUUAGUAGCUUCUUGUCUUACAAACAAUUUUAGUUGAUGCAGCUGUUUAUCACAAUGAAUGAAUGAUAACAAAUGACAAUAACAAUUAUGAAUGUGUCUUUGUUGAAAUAGUCGGCCCAAUUACAGUUUUUAUCGGUCGCUUCGCAGCCCUCUAAUGAAACAACACAUUAUCUUAACAGUUCACACACACAGGUCUAAACAGCUCCAAUGUCAUAAUGACACGAUUUGUUUUCUAAAGGCUCUAACUGUCAAAACACUGGAAAUAUGCAGCAAAAACUCAUUUUGCCCUCAAACAACACAACUUGCAACCAAGCAUAUGAACACGUCUAAUCAGUCAUAAAACAGUGGACAGUAAAUACAAACCACUGAUCUCAGUGUGAAUCAGUGCUUCGUUGAUCGUCAUUGGAGCCUGUUGCUAUUUGUCGUCUUUGUAGUUUAUGUCAAAUUUACCUUUUAUGCAAAGAAUUGGAUGCAGUUAGUCAUGCAAAUCCAAAGGCCAAUAAAAACUACUAAUAAUAUUCAAUAAGGCCAGGAAACCUUGCACCUCAUUGUGUGGAUUAUUACAGUGUGUAUCAGUUGCUUAGACCUGCUUUAAGAAACUAGAUUCCACUUAAUUUUCAUAAUCACUAUCCCGGUAGAACACAAGACACAUGUAGCAAAUGUGUAAACCCGUUCUCAUUGGAUUGACACAUGUUCUCCUCCCUUUUGUAAAACAGUUAACACUGAUGUCAUUCAAACAGUAGAACCUGCAUUGCUUUACUGUAUAUAUACCUGUUUUCAAGAUUUGUUGUUUGAAGACAGAAUUAGAGCCUUUAGCAAACAAAUCGUGUCACGUUGAAAUGGUUUGAAAAUGUGGAGUUUCAGUAGUCGGCUGCAUCAAAGCAAUCAAGAAGAACUAACAUGCACAUAAAACUCAGGUUCACCUAUUGUACCUUAUGCACUGUUAAUUCUAUGCAUUUUGCCAUUUAGUAGGAAAUUUAUGAAAGUUGCAAAGGGACACUGCAGAGAGAGGAUUAUAGAUAUGAAUAUAGAAGAAUAUCCCCUAAGCAUGUUGCUCCAACAGAGACUCGAAUCAACUUUCCUAAACCAGCCAAUGACCAACAGCUUAUGAGUAGAAUGAAAGAACAGACGAGGGCUAGAAUGAGCACAGUCGUUUAUAUGCUCAUACUGCAUGGUGAUUGUAACAUAUCCUGCUUUCUGCAUUAGAUCUCUGGACGCCGUUUUUACUUUUACUUUACCCUGCUUUAACUCUUCCCACACUCAUUAGCCAACAGACACCUCUCAUAUUUGCUGAGAGACUUUUAUCACAUUCUACCCACAAGUCCUUCAUAAUUAAAAUCCUUUACUGUAUUAAAAGUUGUUUUUACUGAAAUCUA